AUGAAGGAUAAAAAGCUCCUAUUAAAGAUUCUCUUAUUUUUAAACUUGAAGUAAAGUUAUAGUCCCAAGUCAACUUACAAGUAUCCCUCAACUUAUUCAUCCUACUAUACUUAUAAGUCAAUUUAAUAGAUAGUGUAUAAGCCAGUUUAUAAGUCCUCCUACUACUCUUACACUCCAACUUACAAGACACCGAACUUUAAUACUUAUACCUAUUAUUAUAGUUACACUGAAACUUAAGGAAAUGAUGAUAAAUAACCAACUGAACCUAUGGCUAACCCAAUGGCAAUGAUACAUUACAAUCUGCUGCUAAUGAUUCUGUAGAAUCUUAAAGCUAUCUGA